GCUCUCUCCUGCCGGAGUUCUCUGGGAAAGCUUAUAGUCGGUCUUUGUGGAAACAAAACAGUGAAGCUGAUGGCAGCGGGGACGUGAGUGUGAGAGAGGAGCAGGGCUGGCAAGUGAGCGCGGCGGAUGAGGAAUCGCCGAAGUGCAGCAGCGAUUGCAGCCGGCUGCGGCUCUGGGAUUUCACGGCGAGAGUUUAGGUCGGAUUGCAGCGGUUCGCAUCAUGCCUCGGCCAACCAUUGUCGACGUGAAGGUGCAAGACGUGCAGAAAAGACGGAUCCCGAAUAAACAUUAUGUUUACAUAAUUCAAGUCACAUGGUCAAAUGGUUCCACAGAAGUCAUCUACAGACGCUACAGCAGGUUCUUCAAUCUGCAAAUGCAGCUGCUGGAUACGUUCCCAGUGGAAGGAGGCCAGAAGGAUCCCAAGCAACGUUAUAUUCCUUUCCUGCCAGGGAAAAUUCUCUUCCGGCGAAGUCACAUCAGGGAUGUUGCAGUAAAGCGGCUGAAGCCCAUAGAUGAAUACUGCAGGGCCCUGAUCCGACUUCCAGCUCAUAUCUCACAAUGUGAUGAAGUCCUCCAGUUUUUUGAAACAAGACCUGAAGACUUAAACCCACCAAAAGAAGAACCAAUUACAAAGAAGAAAUCAGGGCUUGCAAUAAUCCAGAGAACGGCAUCGUUUCUAAAAAGAGGUGGAGAUGGAACAUCUGCAGACCAGUUUUUUCUGGAUCAGUAUGUGGCAGUGACCAAUUAUGACAAACAGGAAAGCACUGAGAUUAGUCUGUAUCAAGGCCAAGUCGUGGAAGUAAUAGAGAAAAAUGAAUCUGGGUGGUGGUUUGUCAGCACGUCCGAUGAGCAGGGUUGGGUCCCCGCCACGUGUCUGGAACCCCAGGAUGAAGCUCAGGAUGACCUUUCAAUUGUUAGUGCCAAGCCGGGGGAAGAGGAGAUUUUUGUGGUCAUUUAUCCAUAUUCAGCAAGAGAUAAUGAUGAGAUUGAUUUGGAAAGAGGUGCCGUGGUGGAAGUUAUACAGAAGAAUCUGGAAGGCUGGUGGAAAAUCAGGUAUCAGAAUCGGGAAGGCUGGGCUCCUGCAUCCUACUUGAAAAAGGCUUCAAAUGAUUUAUUGAGGCAACAGGUAACUUCAGGGCAAUCUAUCCACUCAAGUGCGAUAGACCUUGAUGGAAUUGGCAAACAGCCAGGCUCAGCUAAGGAGAUCAAAGAGAAAUCUUCAUCAAUUGACCAGAAAGAAGAAAAAGGGGCAGCAUGUAUUGAAACAAAAGGCAAGUUACCAAACAUGAGACAGAGGCCACCGCCACGCAGAGAUCUUACUGUGCCACGUGGAUUGAAUCUUCCCAAGCCACCAACUCCUCCAGAAGUGGAAGAAGAGUUUUACACAAUAGCUGCUUUCCAGACAACAAUUCCAGAUGGGAUCAGCUUUCAAGCAGGACAGAAAGUUGAGGUAAUAGAAAAGAAUUUAAGUGGUUGGUGGUAUAUUCAGAUAGACGAUGAAGAAGGAUGGGCUCCAGCUUCUUUCAUUGAUAAGUACAAGAAAUCAAGUAAUGCUUCGAGUGCAAACUUUCUGCUUCCAUUGGCACAAGAAUUGGCAAAGCUUAAACUUCCAGAUAUGGCCACAGGAAGCAGCACUAAUGGAGACAGUACCUUUAUAAACAAACCUUUGCCUAAAGAGCCACAAUCAAAUGAUAUUGACAUACUGAAAGAUCGGAGAGUAAGGGACCCAGUUAAGAUCCCAGCUUCUGACAAUAGAUUCAACUCUCCCUCAAAUGUAGAGUGUCAGCCCAAGUCAAGUUCUCCUUCAAAUAUAAUCAACAAUGACAUUUCCAAGUAUAACAAAGAAAAAACAAUCUUUCCACUCAAAAAGGAACCAAAUAAUAGCAAGUUUGAGUUAGAAGCAGCAGAUAAACACUCAAGGGGUCCUUUACCAAAGCUCCCUGUACCCGGUGGCAUUUUGCCAAUGUUGCCACCAAAAAUGACAUCUAAAGGAGAUAAGAAACCGAGUGCUGAGGCAAGUAAAAUAUCACAGCCAAAAGGACUUGAGACAGGCCCAAAGGUAUUAGCAAGUGAAAUUGCUAGGCCUAAUCUAAAACCUGUAGGAAGGCAAGCAAAGACAAAGCUUGACUUAGAAGACAAAUCGAUGGAACCAUCUCCAAUUCUACCACUAAAGCCAAAACCUCUGCUGCGGCCUAAACCACUUCCCAACAUAAAAGGAGAAAUUCAUUCAGAGUCUGAAGUUGAUAUCUCUAACCUGAGAAGCAAGUUGAGAAGAGCAAAACUGCCAGAAAAAAUGGGGGAGCAGGACUCUUCUCAGAAUGUUAUUGGCAAUCAGAAUUACUCAAAUAAUCAAUCCUCAGCAGACACUCGCAGCAACUCUCAUAGAAACACAGAAAAUGAAUCUCAAGUGAAGCAAGAUUUAGGAAUAGGCUCCAAAAUAAGUGAAAUAAACAUCCUUUAUGGAGAACAAAACGGUGUUGUAAACGACCUGAAUCAUAGGGAUGAAUCAAGUAUUGCUUAUGAGAAAAUAUGUGUUUCCAAGGGUUUGAAGUCAAUUGAAAAGAAAUUGGAUGACAUUCAACCAAAAGGUCCACACUCAGUAAACAAAGAAGGUCCGCCUCGUCCAAUCGUACCCCCUCGAAGGCCCCCACUGCCAAAAAAAACCUCUUCAGAAUCUGCAGAUAUGAAAGUCCAGAGAGAAGCUGUCUGGGGACAAAGUAAACCAGCCUUACCUCCACCAAGAUUUAAAUCUGGCUCGUCCCACGAUUACAGCAAAGAUGAUGUUAAACCUAAAGGAGGUUCGAAGGAUUUCCUCCUAGCAAAGGGAAAUGUUGCUUCCAAAUUUCACGAACAGAGAAAGGAGACAACUAAUUUUCCAAAAGUAACAGAAAAACAGGCUGAAAAGGAAAAGAUAAAUGUGUCCAAAAAUGAAGAAUCCUCGAGUCACUGCCUAUUUGUAGCUCUUGCGGAUUUUGCGGGAGAUGAGGAGACAGCUGGAUUUAAGGAGGGAACUGUUUUUGAAGUAUUUGAAAAAAAUCCCAAUGGAUGGUGGUACUGUAAAAUGCUGGAUAGUGAGCCAACGUGGGAGGGCUGGGCACCUUCCAAUUAUUUAGUCAAAAAAUAAGUAUCAUAGUUUAGUUUUGUUUCUAAACACUGCAAGAUGCUUUUUCAUAUGUAUUAUUUAAUUAGAUAAAUAAUUUAUAGUUUUGAGCUUUCCAAAAGCAACUUAAUACAUUCCUUAUAUAUUUUUUCAACCCAAGUUGGAACAACAUGGUGUUUAUGGCCACAAUAUACAAGAUUUCAUUAAUUAUUACAUUUACUUUUUUAAAUUUAAAAUAGAAGUAUUUAGUCAUGAUGGCUUUACCCAUCAAAAAGCAAUCAAUUAAUUUUCUGCGGGUAACAUGGUGAUGGUUAGUAUGUAGGAUCCCACUUUGCUAAUCUGUCAAAUGUUUUGAAAAUUUAACUGGACUAACAUCCUGGGAGUAAAGAUACUCAUUACCCUGAGUUAAUCAGGCUGAAAACAUUAUGGCUUAUAAUGACUUCAGAAAUUUAAUACAGCCAUUGGGAUGUGUAAAUAGUUGUUGAAAGUUUAUAAUAUCACCAGCACUAGGAACAAAGAAAAAAAUUCUCAGUCUACAAAACUUACACAUAAUCAUCUAAAAUUGUUUUUCUGACUAACAAGGAAAUGAACUGUGCUCACUUAUUCCAACAGAGUUGGAAAAGGCAAGUAAAUUUUGAAAGCCUCAGUUUUAUCUAAAAAAGUACUAUUAGCAAGUUUCUUGAAAUGUACAUCUUGUAUGGACGAAUUCAGCUAAAACACUGUUGUUCCUUCUUAAUGAUAACAUUAAUCUUCAUUACUUUAUGUAUUCUAAUUAUUUUAUAUUCUAGUAUUCUCAGAAAGAUUAUGUACUUUAAAACACCUUCAUUGAUAUAUUGCUUCAGAAGGCCAAGGGUCACAACUAUGAUUAAAUAGUUUAGCCACUGAUAUAAUGCACGAAAAAGGUUUAACUUUCACUUGUAAACACAGGCAACAUGUAGUGUGUGCUAGUUGUAGAGCUUCCCUACAAAAGACAGUGCCUAUAUAUUUAUGUACUCUAUACAUAGUGAAACUAACUACAUACAGUGAUGUUGUUGGUAUAUUUCAAGUACUUUAAACAUCAAGGAGCUGGAAGGUGGAUGACUGACACCUUCAUCCAAUCAGCUAGUUUGUGAGGGCCCGUAAUGAUCAGGGAGGUUGAAAUUUAAGCAAAGUCAGAAGAUUUAUCAAUAGCUUCAAACCUUGAAAGUCAUUGUUAUAACUAGUGUACUAAGAACAACCCUAACACAUGUCAAUCUAAACACAUGUAUUUUUUUCAUUUUUAUUGCACAGUAUAUGCUUUUGUCUAAUUCCUCGUGAAUGUAAUCAACAUCGGUGCUUUUCUUUACAAGAUAAUGCAUUAGUUGUGAUGUAGCAUAGAAUUAAUCAAGUUUUAAGAGAACUUGACUGGUAUCAAGUUUAAGUCUCUUGUUUCAAGAGUCUAUAAAUGUGAAACUUGUUUAAAAACUGUAUUAUUAACAUGACUUGAUAAAAUUGAACAUUUCAAAGUAGCAGAAGUACAAUACCUCACAUUUGAGCCAGGGAUCAUGAACAUUCUUACAUCAAGCAACAGCAAGAAAGAAUAUGGAAGUAAACUCACUGCAAAAUUAGAGAAUUGUAAAAAAUAUUCUUUCAUCACGACCAUUGUUUCUGCAGCACUGGAAAUUACUUUGGUCAAAUGCCCAUUCCUGCUCCUUAGCGUUGUUGUUGUCUUACAGUGAAUACUGUCAACUGGUAUUAUUCUGGGUGCAUAAACAUAUGAAUAUGAUUAGUAUAUUUUAGCCAUUCACUUCACAAUCACUCUAGUUUGUAAAGCUGGCUUUGAAAUUGAAGGUGACACUCAUAUUGCCAAAUACACAUGGAAUGGAAGCUUGACAAAGGGAAUUUCCAUAAGUUUGCUCCUCAAGAGAUGAGGUGUCUAGAAAAUUGCAUUUUGAUAUUUACAAACCUGCGUUAAGCGCCAAUGUGUGUGUGUAUCAAUAAAGAUGUAUGAAAUCCCAGCUCAUUCAAAAAAAUGUGUUAUGUGCUAACCCUGGAGCAUUAUGAACCAAACCUAGGCAAAUCCUAUAAAAGGUCUGGCUGGUAAUAAAUUGAACACAACAGGACAUUAAAUUUCUUACAAGUCACAACAUUUGAGAUAUUCCAAAAGCUGUAUUAGUAUAUGGUGACUUGGCGGAAAUGGUGGACCCAUAUUAUCAAAUAUUGCACAUCUCAGUAAAAAUUAUGUUGCCUGCCCUCAUGUUAUCCAUAUGACUGAUGAUUAAAGACCAGUGCUCUGGAAUGGCUGCAUUUAUCAGAAAGUCCAAUGUUUGAGUUUAGGUAAUUUCAUUACACGUGUUUUAAUAAGAUGAAGUUUUUUAAAACAAAUAAAUGCUAACAAUGUGUACCUUCCAUGAAUAAUGCAGUUAUUUAUUGACCAUGCCUAUUGGCUGCUAAACCAAGGAGGCAGCAAGAGUUGUCUCCACAUCAGUAGACAGGAGGGAUUGCAGAUGCAGGAAUCUAGAACGAAACCACAAACUGCUGGAAAACUUCAGUGGAUCGAGGUAUGUUUGUCUGUGUGUAGAGAAAAGUGUCAGUGAUUUGCCAGUCUGCAUUGGUUAACUUGGACUGGCAGAAAGGUCAGAUCAGGAAGGGCAGCAAAAAUCCUUCUCAUUUGAGCGAUUCAAACUCAACUUGGUUUAAUCAGGUAAUUCUGUGAUGAUCAUUACUGAAACUAGCCUUCGAAUAAAAAUUCACUGUCAUGCCUGGAAGUUUAUUUCCUAAUCCAUCUUGAAUUCUUAACAUUACAAAAAUCACUACUCACUACACAAAAAAUGUUAAACAAUUGUUUUCCUCCAAUUCUUGUUGUGUAAAGGAUAUUUAAGAAAGGGAGCAGAAAAGUGCAUUAAAUGGCAAGUAUUUGGUGUCAGUCUUAGUUAUGCUCCUUUAGAAGAAGCAGAACUGAAAGUUUCCUUAACUUUCAUCACAACCACAUUGGCAGAACAAAUGCUUCCCUGCAAUUGGUGACAUUGAGCCUUCUCUCACGUUAGCACUGACAUGCUAAUACAAAGAAAAGAUCAAAAAAAGGAAAGUGGUAAUAGGCAAUGAUCACAUAGAGGUCCACCUCAAAAUUACCAAACCAGAACAUUUUGAUGGAAUCAUAAGGACUGAUAGUGUUAUGCAGUCAGUGAAUUCUUUUAAAAAAAGGCCAUUUGUCGGUGGAAAGUAGGAGUGAAAGCAUUGGUACUGAUUAUGAACUUUGAAGUUGGGCAGGGAUAAUUGCACCGCAUGUGAUAAUGUUGAACUGAAGAGCUUCUCAAUGCCACAGGAUACAUGAUUGAAAUGCUGUAUCACAAUCAAUGUGGGGAAUUUCAUUACAUAAAAAUUUAACGGAAUGCUCAGGUACUCUGUGCACAUGCAGCCUGACUCUAAAAAGGUUUGUUAAACAGCAGUGAGAUCCUGAUGAUUAAAAUCAAUACUUCAAUGAUCAUUGCAGAUGACAGGUGAGGGAUGGUACAAAAAUUUAUCGUUACUGACGAGAUCUAAAAGGGAUGCUGACCUUGUUGUAACAUAUGCCAUAAUUGUGUUUGGUUGUCUAUUUCAAAUGUAAUCACCCAUUUUUCAUUUGUACUUCAAAGAAGGGCUUUCAAAUUGUAACUGUUUUUGUUAUGAAGGUUUGUUUUGUAGAACAUUAAACAAAUACAGCUUUUGUUUUGAA